AUGGAAGGCACGAAUGAGAAAGGACCACUCGAUGCCAGGAUGCAGUGUUUGCUUGAAAGACGACAGACAAACUCGACGUUGCGCAACUUGACCCUACCCAAAGCUGGCCAAAUCGACUUCUCGUCUAAUGACUUUCUGUCACUAUCGACCAACACUCAACUGAAGGGUGUGUAUCUUGCAGAACUCCAAACCUCGCAAUUACCUCUCGGCAGUGGUGGAUCUCGACUCUUGGACGGCAAUUCGCCCUAUGCCGAAUCACUAGAAUGCGACAUUGCCGCGUUCCAUGGCGCUGAGGCAGGAUUGCUCUGGAACAGCGGCUUCGAUGCAAACGCUGGCUUCUUCUCGUGUGUACCGCAGCCUGGCGAUGUGAUCGUGUUUGACGAGCUUGUACACGCGAGUGUGCAUGAUGGGAUGCGCCUUUCAAGAGCUGCACAGACAGUGCCUUUCGAACAUAACUCGGUAGCAGAUCUUCGAAGGGUAUUGAGCGAGGUGGCUCAGCUACCGAGUAGAUGUAACGUGUUCAUCGCUGUGGAGUCAAUCUACAGUAUGGAUGGCGAUGUUGCGCCCCUGCGGCAGAUUGUUGAUACCGUCGCUGAGACUUUGGGUGAAGGAAGAGGCUACAUCGUUGUUGAUGAAGCACAUUCGACCGGAGUGCUAGGAUUUGAAGGAAGAGGUCUUGUCUGUGAGCUUGGCCUCGAGAAGCAAAUUUUUGCACGACUACACACAUUUGGCAAAGCACUAGCUGGCAAUGGUGCUAUCCUCCUUGGCUCUAACACCCUUCGCCAUUACCUGAUCAACUAUGCCCGGCCCCUGAUCUACACGACCUUUCUGUCGUAUCCAUCUCUGGCGCUCAUACGAUCUUCUUACCAACUGCUCCGGGCAGGAGGCACCGUGCCCCUGCAGUUACAUCUGCAUCACUUGACAGAAUUUCUCUUCAAGGCUAUGCAGCAACUUCACGUCACUUCCGCUGCAGCCAGGAGUUUGCUCAGCAUACCUAGUGCUUGUCCACAGUCGCCAAUAUUUGCAGUGCAAUUGCAACGUCCAAGAAAUCUUGCCAGAUAUCUCCAAGAGAGAGGCAUGAUGGUCAGAGCGGUCGUGUCACCAACAGUUCCUCUAGGAACCGAGAGAGUCAGGAUCUGCCUACACGCAGGUAAUACAGUUGAUGAGGUCGAGACUCUGGUUGGCGCGUUACAGGAAUGGAGCGAAGAGGAUACAAUAGGGGAAAAGAAGCAAGGCCCAGAACGGAUGAAAGCUCAGCUGUAA